CUUUUCUCAACGUCGCUGCAUCAUCUGCUGGCGGACCGUCAAGAUGCCGGCUAAAAGAAAAGCUACAUCAAAUGUUAAGGGCGGCGCAAAGGCUGGGAGGGAUUCCAGCGUCUCGACUCCAGGCCCAGGCACCCCUCGAGAGAUCGGUAGCAGCGACGAGUACGUCUCUUCAGAUGUCACCGAGUCCGAGUCUGAGACGGUCAAGAAUGCGAAAGCGAAUCUCACGGUCUCGAAAUAUCAGGCGAGGAAGCAGAGUGCGGCGCAUGGGAGAGAUUCUGCAAGCCAUUUCUUUGGCAACAACGACUUCUCCUACCUGUCUCUGAAACCAGAUCAUGAUAAUCGACCGUUAUGGAUAGACCCACAGAAGGGUCGUAUCAUCCUCGAGAGCUUCUCGCCAUUAGCUUCACAAGCGCAAGAUUUCUUGACUACGAUCGCUGAACCUCAAUCACGACCUCAAUUCCUCCACGAAUACUCCUUGACCCCGCACAGUCUCUAUGCUGCCGUUUCCGUUGGACUGGAUCCCAAAGAUAUCAUCGAUAUUCUAGAUCGAUUAUGUAAGGUUCCUGUUCCCGAUAGUAUUCGGAGCUUCAUCGAAGGCUGUACACACAGUUAUGGCAAGGUGAAGCUAGUGUUGAAGAACACAAAGCACUACGUCGAAAGUUCGGAUCCAGAGAUGCUACAGAGGCUCUUGAAGGACGAAGUAAUCGGCCCACUUAGAGUUCAGGGAACAGAGGACAUUACUACAAGUCUAGCACCGAAGAUGGGCGGCUUGGUUAUUCCUGGUACGAGAAAUGCUGCUGGAGUUCAGCAGGCAACAGCUGGAGAGGAACCAAAGCCGAAGGAAGGCGAGAAUGCCAACCAAGAGGAUAUAUUCGCUACAUUAAACGAAGACGAUGAUGACGAUGACGAGGCAGACGCUGUUCAUGCUUUUCAGAUCGCAGAUGAUGCUGUGGAAACUAUCCAGAAGCGAUGCUUGGAGCUGGGUCUACCUGUUCUCGAGGAAUACGAUUUCAGAAACGAUGAUGCCAACGCCAAUCUGGAAAUCGAUCUGAAACCUGCUGCUCAAAUCCGACACUACCAAGAGAAGAGCUUGAGUAAGAUGUUUGGUAAUGGCAGAGCAAAGAGUGGUCUCAUCGUUCUUCCUUGUGGAGCUGGUAAGACCUUGGUAGGCAUAACCGCGGCUUGUACGAUCAAGAAGGGUGUGAUCAUUCUCUGCACAAGUUCAAUGUCCGUCGUUCAGUGGCGACAAGAGUUCCUGAAGUGGUCAAAUAUCAAUCCUAAUGAUAUUGCUGUCUUCACCUCGGAUAACAAGGAGAGGUUCACUGGCAACACAGGUAUCAUCGUUACCACGUACAACAUGGUGGCGCAGAAGGGCAAGCGAUCAUACGACUCCCAAAAGAUGAUGGACUUCUUGACUUCAAGAGAAUGGGGUCUUAUGAUUCUAGACGAGGUCCACGUUGCGCCUGCCCAUAUGUUCAGAAGAGUCACAUCUAUCAUCAAGACUCACUCGAAGCUUGGACUGACUGCUACGUUACUUCGUGAAGAUGACAAGAUCAGUGAUCUCAACUUCCUCAUUGGCCCCAAGUUGUAUGAAGCCAACUGGAUGGAAUUGGCGGAGCAAGGACACAUUGCUAGAGUCCAGUGUGCCGAGGUCUGGUGCCCCAUGACGACCGAGUUCUAUACGGCAUAUUUGGAGGAGAGCUCUCGGAAUAAGUCUUUGCUUUGGAUUAUGAACCCCCGCAAAUUCCAAGCAUGCCAAUUUCUUAUUGACUAUCACGAGAAGAGAGGCGACAAAAUCAUCGUCUUCUCAGAUAACGUCUAUGCACUUCAGAUGUAUGCUCAGAAGCUCGGCAAAGUCUUCAUCUAUGGGGAGACCAGCAAUGCUGAACGACUUCGAAUCCUCGAAAACUUCCAACACAACGAGAACAUCAACACUCUCUUCUUGUCCAAAAUCGGAGAUACCUCUCUCGACCUGCCUGAAGCCACCUGCCUCAUUCAAAUAUCUUCGCAUUUUGGAUCUCGUCGUCAAGAAGCUCAGAGGUUGGGUCGUAUUCUCCGAGCCAAGCGCAGAAAUGACGAAGGUUUCAAUGCCUUCUUCUACUCCCUCGUUUCUAAGGACACAAUGGAGAUGGUGUACUCUUCGAAACGGCAAGCUUUCUUGGUCGACCAAGGUUAUGCUUUCAAAGUCAUCACUCAUCUACAAGGUAUUGAGUCGCUGCCUGACUUGGCAUUCACCUCUCCCGGAGAGCGCCGAGAAUUACUUCAACAUAUCAUGAUUCACAUGGAAACCGAUACAUCGAACGACUUCGAGCAAACCGAUGACCUGUUCCACCGAGUUGACAGAGAAGGGUCUGGCAUGAAGAUCAAGAAGAAGAAGCCCGCCAAGAGAACGGCCGGUACUCUUAGUGAGCUGGCGGGUGGUCAAGACAUGGCAUACGUGGAGCAGAACAAGAGUAGAAACAAGGAUCUAAAGAAGAACAAAAAAGAGAGCAAUCCUUUCUUCAAGAAAUUGCACCGAGAGACUCAGAAGAGAAAAGCAGCUUGGAACCCGGAUGAUGACUAAUUUGCUAGCAUUUAUGGGCGUUAAGGAAGAGGCUAUGGCUCGGGCAUUUGCUGGAGUUUGGAUAAAACUGUAUCGUCAGACUUGAGGACGAACUAGACCUGGAUUGCGCAAUGAAUACAGCCCCGUAAAAUCGUAAUU